AUGCCAUCCAACCUACGCAACUACUUCAAAAAGGAACGUGCCUCUUCGAGUUCAGAAUCAUUCUUUUGUCGAGGUGCUCCAAGUGAUCUAUAUGCUGACGAUGCCCCACGUGAUAGAGCUAAUCCUUAUGCAGGCCUUAAUGGACCAAGCUUCUACAACACUGCUGAGCGCUCUUUAAGAGACCCGGCUCCGUAUCCAGUUCCUCCUACAUCGCAACCACAAACUUAUUCAUCUGAAAUACAUACCUCCUCGAGAUCUCGCGACCCGCGACGCCAAGGUGCUAUUUAUCAAAAUGGGAUUGUGCUUCCCCCUGAAGCGCGUCGCUCUGAGUAUGGAUAUUCUUCUCACCAAUAUGCUGAUAAUUCAUCACGUCACAGGUCACGAUCCGCUCAACCUAGUCCGGGGCUCUCUGGUGCAUACCCCGAACCGGACUACAUUCCUUUGAGUCUUUCCCAUCUCGACUACGCAAGACAUGGGGGAGGUGAACCAUCGAGGCGCGAGUCUUCUAGGUCGAGAAGUGGCCAUCAAUCAUCAGGAUAUCAAUCAAGUACUCAGACCUGCUAUGGUUCCAGUUCCUACGGGCGUCCGAGGUCAAGCUCCUACUCUGCAAUGGGCGCAAGCGCUCGCAAUACCUAUGGUUCUUCAAAUUCUAGGUAUCCGUCUGACGCAAAUUCCUCUUACCGUUCGUAUCGCUAA